UUUUUCUCACACUACAGCCGGCAAGACAUUUUCUUCUUGCUUUGACAGAUAGCUAGAGAAGAGAGACUCAAAACAGAGGAACUUCUUUGUCGUGGCUCCAGGACUUUACUCUGAGAAGGAUUAUAAGGAUAACAUCAUCAACAUGGAAAAUACAGCUCACCUUGUGGGAAUAGGAGGAAAUGCUAUGUGAAAAUCCGGUGAACUCUGCUCUAUGAAGAUUACAGCAAGAUAAUUCCAGCCAUUGAACAGAUUGACUUAUCUCGUAGCGACAUAGGGGAACUAUCUCACAGAGUGCAACCUAAACUUUUACUAGCACACAAGCUGUGGCGGUCUUAAUGUGACCAAUAGAACGGCGUCUAUAUUCAACCCUUCUGUGACACACAUAAAAUAGUAUUGUUAUUGCUGGUCCUGGAGAAGGUAAGAGAUUUGUCCAUACAAAGACCUUUGUUUUCCAGCCAGUCUGAGGUGGAAAAGGAGCAGAUUAGGCACUCACAGUUUGGACGCUUUGCCAAAGCAGCCACUUAGUUUUCUUUUCUUUUUAUGCCAGUGUGAGAUUUGAAAAAGAAUGGACAGUUCAAGUAAUAUUUCUGAUGCCCAAAGGACAAAACCCUCUGCUUCUAUAUUAAAUGUAUUUAGCAAUCUACUCACUGGGGAGAGGUCACCUUCAGAUGUGCAGUCUGCUGUAUUGACAUCUUAUAAGGAACUAUCAGAUGGCGGGAGUGUUCUUGGUGAAGGGAGUCAAACUCUUAAAGGGAGUAAGGAUGUGUCUCUUGGGGGAAGUUAUAAGGAUUCAGUUAAAGGAGUCUUAACAUGCUCAGAGCAACAAGAUCGAGUCCUGGUUACAAGAGUGGAAACAUAUAUUGACUCUGACUCUGAAAAUGAGGAUGAGCGAGAAGGGCAUAAACGUCUGUCAAAAAAGCUGUCUGGAUCCAGAGAGCACAGCCUACAUGAGGAUGGCAAUGAUUUGAUACACCAUAGUGAUGGAGAUGAACAAGGAGAUGUGCCUGAGGUGGAAUUCCAUGUGCCAGAGUUUCGCACACAUACAUUUAAGAGUUCCCCUUUAAACUACAACAGGUCCAGUCAAAAAACUGACAUUGGGACAGUCCUGACCGCCACAGUUUCCAGAGAAAACACAACUGAAAUGUUUGACAGAGCAGAAGCCUCAAACACAGAAGAAGAUGAAAGUAAACAUGUAGAGAAAAAAAGAAGAGAGAGGGAUGACUCUGAAGGUAUUGAUUUUUCUCUGCCGGUUCCCUCCAUUAUUAAAGAGAACAAUGCAAAAGCAACAUCUAUUUUACAGCAGGGGACUGAAGACCAAAAUAUCGCACAAAGAUCUGGAACCUGUGAGCAAAAUUUGAAGCCAGAUACAGAUAAAAAGUCAUGUGCUAAUUUCCAACUAAGUGCCAAACCUGAUGUGGUGGAAGCACACUCUGAUCUGGAUUUGCAGUCAGAUGCCGAUAAAAAGUCAUCUGCUAAUCUCCAUCCAAGGGCCAAAGUUACAUCCCAGCAUUCAACAUCUCCAAAGACACCAGCAUCGGUAUCCUCAUCCCAUUCUAACUCGUCACCCCCUUCCUUUCAAAUGCCAGCCCUCUUCAGUGGUCUGAGGGUGCUAAAGAAAGGAGCAGUGGGGGGCGAGAGGGAAACUGUGUCAGAAAUCAAGCAAAGUGAGAAAGAUGCUGACCUGGCAUUGCUCAGCUUGAAGAAGACCGUGAACAAAACCAAGCUUCUCCCUGAGCAGAAGACAGUCAGUCCUGUUAAAAAACACACAGAGCCAAAGCCUCUCUCAGAAAGCCGGAGACACAGUCAGAUUCUUAACCAGGACAAGCCCGAUGAGGCUAAAAGUGACAUACAGGAAGUGGACCCAGAGCAUGACAAAAAGGAGUCUGAAACUGGAAAUGUUGAAGGACAGAAACCCCCACAUUCAGACAUCAAGAAAACCUCAGAUAUGGCUUAUGAAGUCUUCAAGAACAUGUUUGGCCCUAAAUCUAUCAAGAAGGACAAAAUGGAACCUGUGGAUCUGGAAGCUAUAAGAAAGAAGAUUAAGAAUGACAAAGAAAGUCUACGAUCUAUUUUUGAGAGAGCGUCCAAAACUUCCAGCAAGGAACUAAAAACUCCCACAGAAGCCAGCACAGAGGCCAUUUCCCCUGCUGACAGUGAGGACCGGACUCCAGGGCGUCUUCAGGCUGUGUGGCCACCACCCAAAUCCAAAGAUGAUGAAGAAAAAGUGGGACUUAAGUACACUGAGGCAGAACACCAGGCUUCCCUUUUGCAGCUCAAGAGAGAGUGCAAGGAAGACUUGGAGCGAAUGCAUUCAGAUUUUGAGCUUGAGAUCUUCCAACUUCGAGGCGAGCAUGCUGUUUCAAUAUCAGACCUUGAGGGAGUCAUUGCCAAGAUGCAAAAAGACUCCUACAAUGCAAGUCUGGAGCGAAGGGAGGUCCGAGAUGUGGCUGUGUCCACUGCAGAUGACCCCACGUACAGAAUCUGCCGCACUGUGGGGAUCCAGACAGACAGAGAGACCUUUAUCAGGACUCCCGAAGGUGAGGCUGGCGUUCAAGCGCCCAGCCAGAACAUUCCAAAAAGACUUAACUUGGACUCUAUCGAACUCAGUCUGGGGGUUAAAACAGCCCCGGGGCCUGCUGGGCCACACCAACCUCCGCCUCCCCCUCCUCCGCCCCCUCCCCUGCCAGGCCCCUGGGGACCUCCGCCACCCCCACCUCCUCCUAUAUCAGGCAUUAUUGGAGCUCCGCCGCCACCACCCUUUUUCGCCGGGGGUGGGCCCCCACCACCGCCGCCUCCCCCACCUCCUCCCCUUCCUGGUCUACCUGGGGUUGGCCCACCUCCUCCACCCCCUCCGCCAGGCGGCGGCCCCCCGCCUCCUCCUGCCAUGGGGGGGUUCAGUCUCCAUCAUAUGUUGGACAAGGCUCCUCGGAAGCCCGCUGUCGAACCAGCCUGUCCCAUGAAGCCUUUGUACUGGACCAGGAUACAAAUAUAUGACGAUAACAACAACACAUUGUGGGGCUGUCUGGAGGAGCCUGACAUCAUCGAUACUAAUGAGUUUGAAGCUCUUUUCUCCAAGGCCACGCUCCAGGCAAUGAAGAAACCUUUGUCAGACACAUAUGAGAAGAAAGUCAAAACAAAAAAGAUAAUCAAGCUGCUGGAUGGGAAACGUUCACAAGCUGUCGGCAUCCUCAUAUCAAGCCUGCAUCUGGAAAUGAAGGACAUUCAGCAAGCUGUUCUUACUGUGGAUAACUCGGUGGUGGAUUUGGAAACCAUUGAGGCUUUAUAUGAAAAUAGGGCUACUCCUGAUGAGCUGGACAAGAUAAAGAUACAUUACGAGACGUCCAAAGAAGAUGAAGUUAAACUGCUGGACAAACCUGAACAGUUUCUCUAUGAACUUGCCCGCAUUCCCGACUUUGCAGGCCGAGCCCACUGCAUCAUCUUCCAGUCAGUGUUCCUCGACACCAUCUCCUCCAUUCAUCGCAAGGUGGAGAUUAUAUUAAACGUCUGCAAAGAGCUGCUCGAGUGCCACAAUGUGCGGGAUGUAAUGGGUCUUGUUCUGGCCUUGGGGAAUUAUAUGAACGGAGGAAAUAGGACAAGAGGUCAGGCUGAUGGCUUUGCACUGGAGAUCCUUCCCAAACUGAAGGACGUCAAAAGCAGGGACACUCAUAUCAGUCUGGUGGAUUAUGUGGUUUUGAGCUACCUGCGAAAAUUUGAUGCUCAUGCUGGCACAGAUAAGAGUGUGUUCCCUUUGCCGGAAUCCCAAGAAUUCUUCCAGGCUGCACAGGUCAAGUUCGAAGACCUAACAAAGGACAUCAGAACACUAAGGAGAGAUUUGACAGCUUGCCAGAGAGAUGUCCAGAGAGUGUGUGCGAACUCUUCAGAGGAACACCUCCAGCCGUUCAAGGACAAGAUGGAGGGAUUUAUUGCCACUGCUCAAACUGAGCAUUCUGCUGAAGAGGAUCGCCUCAACGCUGCACAGAAAAGUUUCAGGGAGAUGGUGAAGUACUUUGGGAUGAAGCCAAAGCCAGGAGACACAGAUGUGGCCCCGAAUUUCGUCUUUAUGCUCUGGUACGAGUUUUGUAAUGACUUCAAGAACGCUUGGAUACGACAAAGCAAGAACAUCUCAAAAGAGAGGUUGAAGGAAGCUCAAGAGAACAUCAAUAAGAUCACAGCAGAAAAGCGAGUGGAAACAAAAAAGAUUAACGCCAACAGUCUGAAAGAGAGAAUGCGGCAGAAGCAAGCCGACAUGGCGUCCAGCUGAGUGACUUGUUGAGGGGACAUUGUCCCCCCCCCCCCUCCCCCUUCCGCCCUCGCAACAAAAUACAAAAGACUGCAGCCGACAUGUUGUGGUUCCGCUUGUGCCGCUGUACAAAAAGAAGGCUGGAAGUGUGCACGGCUCCAAUAAGCCAAAGGUGGACCUCAUUCAUCCAGCAUGGCGUGACCUCUUGUGUGCAGCCUGUGAAAGGUCUCAGUGGGUCAGCUGGCGGGUCAACAUCUGUGUCAGCUGACACGUCCAUGAAGUUCUUCCCUAACUCCUCGGAAGCUGAGAGUGUAUCCUGUCCUAAUCUGGCCUGACAAUCUGCUAGAGUUUGUUUGUGCCAAACACAACCUCCUGUUUUUCAAUAUUAACUUUCUUGUGCAGUCCGUGACAAACACCUUUUUGUCCGCUCUGGCUUCUAAACACACCUUAAUACCUCUGCUCUGCCAGAGAAUAAGAAGGCGGAGCAGGAUAAGUCAGUGCUGCUAACUCAGCAGGAAUCAGACCCCAUCAUGAAUGUGUUUCAAAGAGUCGGUUGAAAAUGGAAUCUUAUAAAAACGAAACAAUUUGUCCUCUUAGAAAGGAGGUAAAUCCAACCAUUCCCUUCCAGACACCCACAAAUAUUAACACAAAACACGUUAUCGGGAAUAGUUCUAGUUUUACACACACACAACAACACAAAAUCACUCCAGAGUGUGAGAGUGCCAUCCCACAGCAGUGUUCGGUAGUAUGAGGAGGCUAUAUCAGAAUAUAUGACCCAUGAAAUAGAUAAAUGAACAUUUAACCUGACCUUUAUUGAUGAGUGGCAAGAAGGACAACCACAAGCGUCAUCUUUUCUUGAUUGUUUGCCAAACUUACUGUCGCAGUUUGCUGCAUUCAGUGACAGGACGCAGACUCCAGGGAUCUAGUUGACUUUGAUCUGAUCAUUACACAACAUCGCUGCAGGUCAUUAAAAAGUCCUACAUACAACUUUCAGUUUUUAAAAUCCUUAAAGUGGAAUUUUCAUUAUGAGACAUGACGGUGGAUGUUAUUUAUUAAAUUUUUUUUUGCAUUCUAAAUAUUAAAUAAAUGCGAUCAAAAGUCCACAUUUCCGCAAUUCCGCCUAGAAAGCCCUUUAAAAAACAUCCAAACACCUCCAUUAGGGUUUCAUAUACAUGAUGUAAGUAUUUAUGUAAUGUACUAACAGGCACAUUUAUAAUAACAUUUAAUAUUGACGUAUCUUGCUUGUUUUAAGCAUACGCCGCGCAUUAAUUUAAAAAAUGCAUCACGUUUGCUGUUUUUUUUCUUCGUUACUGAUUUCUGUUCACCGCAGACUUCAUGAGAGCCAACAAACAUAAUAAAACAUCACUUACUGUACAAGGUCUGUUGUCAUUAGGAUGCCGACUGCUGCUUCAUAUAUUCCCAUUUAGUUGAAGAGUGUCUCAUAAUCCCAGCGUCUUUUUGUGUCUUUCUGGUCAUUUCCGAGCCCUAAAUGGCUGUCAAAGUGUCCCAACUUGUUGGAAUACCUCCUCAGACUUCUUCUGUCCAAGUGAGGUGCAUAAUUUCUGAUCUAGAAUAAACUUCCAGGGAGCAAGGAAGCAGUAGACUACUCGAUGAUGUCAAUAUCGGCACACAAGCUUGUGAUCAUGGCGCCGCUAUAAAUAGUUUGUCUGCGUUAGCGCUUAUAAUAACAAUAUUGAUAAUACAUGGUUAAUAUUCAAAUCACAAAAUGUAUUGUUGGCGCUUUUUAAAUGGUGUGUAAAUAAAUAACUGGGAACAACUCAAUAUCGCUUCCAAAAGACCUCUUAGCUACCCAGUCAGGUGCCUGAUGCAAAAACGCUGGAGGGAACAGUUCUUGCACUAAAACAACAAUAAUAUUAAGGAAUUUACAAGAAGACUUUUUUAGGGGGAAUGUCUUAUUCAAGAACUACAAGGCUACAGGUAGGUGUCGUGGUUUUAGAGUUAGAAAGAGAUACAUUAAACAGUGUUGCCAAAUCCACUUAUAAAAAUUUGGGCUUGUUAUGUUUUUUUUCCAAAGUUGCAUGCUAAUAUUGUGAGUCGGGUGGUUGUUCUUGAACAUGUACCAUAUUUUCCGGACUAUAUUUUUCUAUGUAUUAGCCGCACUAAUAUAUAGAAGGCACAGAUAUGUACGUUACGAAAUUAGUUAUUUACACAGAAAUAUUUUGUAAAUGUUUAAUUCCAAAUGGUGUCUGAAACACGGCAGUAAAACGGCUGAUCAAACAAAACAGAAGUCAUUGUCAUGGACCCACUAGCUGCUGAACUAGCUCUCCAAUUAGCUAAAAAGACUCAAUAACUCCAUGGUGACCUUUUGGUGAGUUUACAGAGGAAUGUGUGAAACUGAAACAAUACAAAAAAGAAUGCCAUUGUAAGAUAAUACUAACACAGACCGUCAUAAAAAAGUGUUAACAUAUUAGCUAAAGCUAACAAUGCCAGAGCCAUUACAUUACGAUAGCACGUACAAAAUAUGCAUAAAAACACUCCUACAGACAUCACACAUGGGACGGUUUAGUAAGUAUAAACCGUUUUAGUUAUAUUGUAGUGUGA